AUGGAUUCUCAAAAGACCUCCGUUGGUGCUAAAAUCGUUCAAACUUCAUCGAAUCAUGGAGAACUUUUUGGUGUAGUUGGUAAGGCGCAGGUAAUCCUUGUGAAAACUGGAGAGGACAUUGUGUCUAAGAUAAUGAAUUUAUCACAACAAGGACCUAUGAAAAUUUGUGUUCAUUCUGCAACGGGUGGCAUAUGCAACGUCACCCUCCAAGAGUCUGCAACGGGUGGUGGCAUUGUGACAUAUGAGGGUCAAUUUUUCAUCAUCUCAUUAUCAGGGUCAGUCAUGUUGUCAAAAAGUAGUAGAACAUGUGAUCUUAGCGUGAUGUUAUCUAGGUCAGAUCAUAUUGUUCUUGGCGGUUGCGUUGCUGGAAAGCUCAUAGCUGCUACCCCGGUACAGGUGGUUCUGAGUAGCUUUAUUCCCGAAAAGGAAAAGCCCGAGUCUAAGGGUGAUGAUGAUGCUCCCAAGGGUAUUCGAAUCGUUGAUCCCCCCGGUAGCUGUGUAGGCAAUUGA